GUCAAAAUUGCUUUAAAGUAGGGCUUUAAUGUUGUGUGCGUCAUUUUUGUGCAUUACUUUAGAGGGCAUCAUAGAUAAUUGAAUGCAUUUGGAGCUUUAUAUUGUGUGCAGCAUUUCUGGGCAUGUACAGCAAAAAUACUGUGUAUGUUAGCAGCUCACUAAGUCUUAACUCUCCACACACCUUUGGCCAAUGUACACUGAAAAAAAAAAAUCACUCAGACAUAGUACAUCUCACAAUUAGCCUAAUUACAAAGAAACGCGUAGAAAGACUGACUGAAAUGGUGUUUUCUUGUAAAACGUACUCUAGUAAUCUUUUGUUUAUUUACGACAUCGAAAAACCAUUACAGUAUAGGCGCGUGCAGCAUUUGUGGGGGGGUGCAAUCUAGGUAGGCAGCUCACUCGUUUUUGAGACACAGCCAAACCCCUCACCGCGCGCAUACAUCGCGCUGCCUCCUCACACAAACUUUACGCUGGAAUCUGUAGUUCAGUGGAUCAUUCAUGAUUUUUUUCCUCGCGUAGAGUCGCUUGAACGCUUUGCCAUGACCUUACCGGCUCUUACAGUGCUCUCCGUGAUGAGUUUGCUCAGUCUGGGUUAUCUCUCCCAGGACUGGACGAGUCCGAACCAGGUCGAGCAGCCGAACCAUCUGCGUCCGCACAUCAUCUUUAUCAUGACGGACGAUCAGGGCUUCAACGACAUCGGCUACCACAACAGAGACAUCCACACACCGACACUGGACAAGCUGGCAGCAGAAGGAGUGAAGCUGGAGAACUACUACAUCCAGCCCAUCUGCACACCAUCACGGAGUCAGUUCAUCACUGGCAGAUAUCAGAUCCAUACGGGUCUCCAGCACUCGAUAAUCCGCUCCCGACAGCCCAGCUGCUUGCCCUUUGACCUCCGGACAUUGCCGCAGCGGCUGCAGGAUGCGGGAUAUUCCACACACAUGGUUGGCAAAUGGCACCUGGGCUUCUACAAGCGCGAUUGCCUCCCGACCCGCCGCGGAUUCCACACGUACUUCGGCUCUCUGACGGGAAGCGUGGACUAUUACACCUACAAGUCGUGUGAUGGGCCGGGAGUUUGUGGGUACGACCUUCACGAGGGCGAGAGAGUGGCGUGGGGUCAGGGGGGACGUUAUUCCACGCACUUGUAUGCGCAAAGAGUCCGAAAGAUCCUCGCCGCUCAUGACCCUUCAUCCCAACCUCUCUUUGUUUUCCUCUCCUUCCAAGCCGUUCACACUCCUUUACAGUCACCGAAGGAAUACGUCUACCCGUAUCGGCGAAUGGGAAACGUGUUUCGCCGGAAAUAUGCCGGGAUGGUUUCUGCUGUCGACGAGGCGGUACGAAAUGUUACAUACGCACUCCGAAAGUAUGGCUACUAUAAGAACAGCGUCAUUAUUUUUUCGACGGAUAACGGCGGACAGCCUCUGUUUGGAGGCAGCAAUUGGCCUCUACGGGGAAGAAAGGGAACGUACUGGGAAGGAGGCGUCCGCGGGAUCGGAUUCGUACACAGUCCGCUGUUGAGACGCAGGAGAAGAGUUAGUCGAGCUCUGGUUCACAUCACCGACUGGUACCCGACGCUAAUGGGCCUCGCGGGAGGGAACGUUUCCCAGAUGGAAGGGCUCGACGGAUAUGACAUGUGGGAAACCAUUAGUGACGGGAAAGAGUCUCCACGGUUGGAGAUCCUUCAUAAUAUUGAUCCGCUUUACAACGCUGCCCGACACGGAUCUUUGAAAAGCGGUUAUGGGAUCUGGAAUACUGCCGUACAGGCAGCGGUUCGAGUCGGAGACUGGAAGCUCUUGACAGGAAAUCCCGGAUACGGAGACUGGAUUCCUCCUCAGAUACUCGGAAACUUCCCAGAAUCUUGGUGGAAUUUGGAACGCCACAUGGAACCGAAGAAAUCCUUGUGGUUGUUCAAUGUGGCGGAUGAUCCAUACGAGCGUUACGAUCUCGCAGAGCGGCGGCCAGACGUGGUCAAGCAGCUCCUGGCUCGGUUAGCGUUCUACAACCGGACCGCCGUUCCGGUCCGCUACCCUUCGGAAGACCCCAGAGCCGAUCCGAGCCGAAACGGAGGAGCUUGGGGUCCUUGGGAAGGAGAUGGAGAGAACUGGGAGACGUUUUAUCUUAGAAAGAGGAAAGUCAAGAAGCAAAAGCGGAAGUUCUGCAAAAUGAAGUCAUUUUUUAGGAGACUUAAUAUUAGAAUGAUGUCAAACAGGAUUUGAACAAACACAUCCUGCGUGAACUGACUCUCACAGAUCCUGCUGACAGUAACACGUUAUUAUUUUAGGGACUUUUAUUACAAAUCCGCCUGGUAUGAAGAAGCUGAUUUAAAUUCGAGUCCCGUGAUCACAUUCACUGAACCAUGUGUUUCUGCUUUCUUGAUUUUUAACCAUCCACAUCAUUUCUGUGACCCCUGCGGUUUCUGAUAAUGUGACCUCGCAUCCCUGUGCAAUGAGAGUUGAAGGAAUUCAUUUUAGAAAUGAGUUUUGUAUCCUCCCUGAUCUGGUGAACACCUCAUAAUUGUUAAACAUAGUGUUAGCUGCUAGUAAGUGAAUCUGUUCAUUUGUUUUGAGCUUGUACUGUGUGUUUGUUUGCUGCUUGAAUCUACAGGGUUUUAAAACACAAUGUUUUGUAUUAUUAUUAUAUGUGAUAUUAGUUCAAUUAAAAUAAACUUUUUUUCAAAAGA